AUGCCUCUGUUGGAUACACGUUCUGCAGGCGACAAGGUGGGGAAUUCGAUCAAGGACCUAGCUCCGUUUGUCGUGGCACCCAACACGAUUCACGACGAACAUGGCCUAUUGUUCAGUAUGUUGUCCUCGCUCCACUGGCCAGUUGCUGCCUCUACCCUUUGA